CCCUUUGAACUCUCAUGGUCCGACGAAAGCUAUGGCCCAGAUGGCCCAUGGCAGGCAGUCACUGUUAGCAUCGGUGUAGGUGCUGCACAAAGUGUCCCACUGUACCCUGGCGGUCGCUGGUCUACCUACAUUAUGUCGACUGACAUCUGCGAUAAUGAAAAUCUGACCGUUUCCUGCGAUUCGGAUUCCUCCAGUCUCAUCGACAUGAGCAAAUUGUCAAAAGCCACAAACAUUACCGAGCCAGGGAGCUGGGAUGAAUAUGGUUAUGCCUCUGCACCGUCGCUGUAUAGGUGGGGCGCUUUCUACGACACAAUGAACAUCGGAUAUGGCACCACUGUUCCAAAUGCCAGUAUGGUCGCGCUCUAUGGUGCUUACCAGACAUUCCCGGGAGGGUUGGUUGCUCCUGUCACAGUUGGGAUAUUGUCCAUGGGGGCACCAGCAUUGCUUCAUGAAUGGGAUGUCACAAUGACAUUUAUUUCAAGUUACAUGUACAGCGCUGGAGGAGCGAGGAAGACCCCGUCAUACUCCUAUGGCAUGCAUAUUGGCUCUGCAGCCCUUGGACUCAAGGGCUCUGUCUUCCUUGGUGGCUAUGAUAAAAGUCGCCUUGUUGGGGAAGUGUCUACACAGUCAUUUACUCCGACUGGAGCAAAUCCCGGGGGUAAUCUUGUGAUUGAAAUGACGGAUAUUGGCCUCGGUGUUGCGACUGGAGGAUCGCCCUGGGCCUAUGAUCAGAAGGAUGGCCUCUUAUCGCAGUCCAACAGCAGUAUGGAUCUUCCAAUCACAGUGGAAGUUAGCCCCCAAACACCUUAUCUAUACCUUCCAAAGAGCGCCUGCGAUGCAAUUACAGCAGAGCUCCCGGUCACUUUCAACAGCAGUCUGGGCUUGUACUUCUGGGACACUAAGGAUGAGAUUUACACCAACAUCACGUCGUCUGCCGCCUAUCUCUCCUUUACAUUCGUAAAAGACAUGGCUGAGAAUGGGAACACCACCAUUAAAGUCCCAUUCGCCCUUUUGAACCUCACAUUGGAAGCACCACUUGUACAAGAACCAACCCUUUAUUUCCCCUGCUACCCAGUCAAUUCAUCCUACAGUCUUGGGAGAGCUUUUCUUCAGGCCGCAUUUGUGGGUGAAAGUUUUGGGAAUGGUAAUGGCAACGGCAUCUGGUACCUUGGCCAGGCUGCCGGCCCGGGAGCCUCCGAGAAAGAAGUAACCGAUAUUGGACUGGCAGAUAACAAGCUUUCGGCCUCAACCAGCAAGUGGGAAGACACCUGGAACGGGUAUUGGAAUCCACUUCCUGGAGGUGCCGAUUCAACAAGCACCAAUUCUUCCAACUCAAAGACUUCCGACACUGCUGCCGCUGACAGCGGCCUCUCAACUGGAGCCAAGGCCGGAAUAGGACUUGGAUGCGGCGCUGCUGGUGUGAUUCUGAUAGGUGCGGUUGCUUGGUUCCUUAUCAUCCGCCGCAGACGC